AUGGCUGGUAAUGAAGUGCAAGGUACUCCGGAAGAGAGUUUUUCUUUGAUACACUCCUAUAUGCACAUGCUUAAGUUGAAGAAUCCUAACUCGGUAAGUUAUGUUGAAGUGGAUGCGGCGAAAAGAUUUAAGUAUCUAUUUUUCGCAUUUGGAGCUUCCAUAGAGGGGUUCGUAACGAUGAGGAAAGUUAUCAUUGUGGAUGGAACACAUCUUAAGCAUGUUUAUGGUGGAGUUCUGCUUGUUGCGACGGCUCAAGAUCCUGAUCGUCACCAUUACCCUAUUGCAUUUGGUGUAGUUGAUGGUGAGAAAGAUGAAAGCUGGAUGUGGUUUAUGAAUAAUUUGAGGUCAGUGAUAUCAGAUGUAGACGGAUUGGUGUUUCUUUCGGAUAGAAAUGGGAGCUUGAUCAAGUCAAUACGUGAGGUGUUCCCAACGGCCGCACAUGGGUAUUGUAUCUGGCAUUUGUCUCAAAAUGUCAAAGGACAUGUAUUCAACAACAGAGACGUUUGUGCAAUCAAGUUUAGAGAAUGCACAUAUGCUUAUACAGUGGCUGAGUUCGAUGUUCUCUAUGCUGAUAUUUCUAGAAAGUAUCCUUCUGCUGCCGAGUAUCUGGAAAAGAGUGUUAAAGUGGGAAAAUGGGCAAGAUGUUACUUUGAAGGAGACAGAUACAAUGUUGACACGACCAAUGCAGCAGAAUCUAUCAAUGGUGUUCUUCGGGAAGCGAGGAAAUAA